CUCGUGUUUUGCCAUUUCUACACUGAGUUUCCUCGUUAUUCUCUCCAAAUCUUCCACCUUUCUCUUUCUUUCUCUCUCUCUCUCUCUCUUUCUUUAUGUACAUCUCUUCUCUUUCUUUCAAUAUGAUUCACUUUCUCCAAUGAAGAAUCUCAGUCUCAGUCUUGAUGUGCUGCGCUCUUUACGCUCAGAUUCUCCUUAUUUUCUUUCAUAGUUUGAGGUCUUCGCGAUUUGGUCAGCUCAGCACAUUAAUUCAUCAGAUAUAAAAAAAUCACAAUAUUUUUAUUGAUAGUUUCCACCAAGAAUCAGGUUCAACCUACCAUUUGCUUGUUUCUUAGCUCUUGGUAGGCAUUUUUAAUUGAUAUCAAAUUUAGAGAUGAGCGGGUCAACAAAUGAGAGUGAAGACGGGCAAAUCUCCAAAUAUCAUAGUGAUUCACCAUUAAUUGAUGAUAAUAAUGGAGGGAGCUCAAGUGGGGGACUUGUUUUGAAGAAAGGGCCAUGGACGUCCACUGAAGAUGAAAUUUUGAUGGACUAUGUUAAUAAGCACGGGGAAGGUAACUGGAAUGCAGUUCAGAAGCACUCAGGGCUUUCUCGUUGUGGCAAAAGUUGCAGACUACGAUGGGCAAAUCAUUUGCGGCCAAAUUUGAAGAAGGGUGCUUUUUCUCAAGAUGAAGAGAGGUUGAUUAUUAAACUCCAUUCUCAGAUGGGGAACAAGUGGGCACGGAUGGCUUCACAAUUGCCUGGUCGCACCGAUAAUGAGAUAAAAAAUUAUUGGAAUACCCGCAUUAAGAGACGUCAGCGGGCUGGCUUGCCCCUGUACCCUGCUGACCUCUGUUUGCAAGCAUGUCAAGAAAAUCAAGGGCAGAGUACUGGUGGAAUUAAUUGUGGGGAUAAUGGACAAAACGAUCCCAUGCAGGCUAAUAGUUUUGAGAUACCUGAUGUUGUUUUUAAAGGUUUAAAGGCAAACACUGAUGUAUUGCCUUGUGUUUCAGAACUGCCAGAAAUGUCUAUGAAUUCUAUGCUUAUGAAAGGUAUAGCUUCACCUCAAUGUUAUAGUUUCAUACCCUCAACACUUAACCGCCAUAAGCGUCUUCGAGAAACAUCAGAUGAUUUUCCAGAUUCCAGUGGGUGUGUCCAGAACGGAUUUCCUCUGUUUGACCAGUGUCAGGUUAAUUGUGGCAAAGUUGUUAGCCCGUGGUCAACUUUUCAGCACGAUCUUGAUCCUAAUAAGAGCCUGCUGUCUUAUGAUGUAAUGCAGGGUAGCCAUGCCCUUUCAAAUGGCAAUUCUUCUGCUUCCAAGCCCAUUUAUGGGAAUGUGAAGUUGGAGCUCCCUUCACUCCAAUAUACAGAAACUGAUUUAGGCGCCUGGGGCACUUCUCCCCAACCACCUUUACUUGAGUCGGUUGAUACUUAUAUUCAUUCUCCUCCUACAGUUGGUGUGUUUGAGUCAGAGUGCUCUACACCACGCAAUAGUGGCCUGCUGGAAGAUUUGCUUCAUGAAUCGAAGACUCUAGGCAGUGGAAAGAAGCAUUUAUCUGAAAAGAGUUCAAAUUCAUCAAGUAUUACUCCUUGUGACGUGGUUGAUAAUAGCCCUUUAAAUUUUUGCGAAACUGAAUGGGAGGACUACAGAGAAUCUCCUUUUUGUCAUUCUGCUACUUCACUUUUCAACAACGAGUGCAUUAGUAAUAGUGGAAGCUCCAUGGAAGAACCACUACCCUUAAACACCUUUCCUGGGAGCACUGUGAAACUAGAGCCAUUUGAAACAGAUUCAGUCACAGCGAAAGAGAGAGAACUAAGUACGCAAAUGAAUAUUCGUCCUGAUGCGUUACUUGGGUCAGAAUGGUUUGAUCAGACUACAGGGUACCUGGACCCCACCUUGGUGAGCGAUACCAUUGCCACAGUCCUAGGUGAUGGAUUGGCAAAUGACUACAACAAGCACAUGGCUAGCGGCACUGCUUCGCUAGGUCAAGAGAUGAUGGGCUUUGGUCAUUGUGCGUGGAAUGCCAUGCCAUCUGUGUGUCAAUUGUCUGACCGCCUCUGAUUUGAUAAAAUCUUUUACCACUUUCAUUCGUGUUCAUGAUUUGUUUGAUCGGAGUGGUACUCAAUUCCUGAAUCGUCAGGGACAGGAACUGAGUGAGACUUGACUUAGUUUUUUCGUUUGGCAUGAAACAUGGUUAUUUUGUUCGUUGGUUAUGCUUUUUUUAGUUGCUCUUUUAGCAAAACUAUGGAUAUAUGCAAAGCAUAACUGUUUUUAGUGUUUUAGUUGGUUGCAGGAUCAGCAGUGCUUGGGGAAUAACUAUGCUUUUUUGAACAUUGAACGUUGAACUUUCGGAUUGUGGAUUCUGCUUAUUAGCGAAUUUGAUUUCUCUUUUAAUGCUCACUCAUUUUUCUUA